AUGGCCAUUUCGGUGCUCCCACCCGCGCCAGCGCCGGUGCCAACGGCUCACAAGACCCAGGAUGGCGAUUCUCCCGUGGACGAAGACGACAUGGACAUCGAUUCGCUACCCACCGGCCACCAGCGGACUGCUCAAAACAUCCUCACACCUGGACAGCUUGUGACGCAAGACCCGCAAUGGAUGCGAGGACACGGCACAUUUAAUGCGGAUGACUCCGAUGCUGUGAACAUCCGCUCCACUUUGGCGGGAACACUGCAGAAGACCAACAAACUCCUCAGCAUCAUCCCACUUCGCGCACGCUACACACCAGAGAUAGGUGACCUCGUCAUCGGCCGGAUUGUAGAGGUCCAGUCCCGGCGCUGGAAAGUUGAUGUAGCCGCACCCUUACUUGCGAAUCUGCUCCUGUCAUCCAUCAACCUACCAGGUGGUAUCCUACGAAAACGCACGAGCGUGGAUGAACUCAACAUCCGGUCCUAUUUCUCGGAGGGAGAGCUGCUGGUAGCAGAAGUCCAGCAACUCUUCCAAGACGGCAGCGCAAGCUUGCACACCCGCUCGCUCAAGUACGGCAAACUCCGCAAUGGCUACUUCCUCAGCGUUAGUGGCAUGGGUGGCGGUAGCGGAGUAGUGAGGGCAAAGCGACAGAUCUUUACGAUGCAGACCCGCCGCGGUGGCGAAGUCGACUGCAUCCUUGGUGUCAAUGGAUACAUCUGGCUUGCAAAGCAUCUGGACGAGAAGAAGGAGGAUGUUGGUAUCAACAAGCUGGAAGAGGCCGCUGCUGCUGAUACGACCAUGUACUCGAGUCAGAACGAUGAGAUUGCUGCGGAGACGAGAGCUGAAAUUGCGCGGAUCAGCGGGUGUAUCAGGGCUUUGGUGGAGAACGGUGUCAAAGUAGAGGAAGGAACGGUCAAGAUGGCGUAUGAGGCUAGUCUGGAGAUUGAUGAGCUCGAGGGCGAGGUGUCGUAUUUGGGAGGCGAACGAGGGAGGAGCGUGGUCGAGAUGGUCCUGAGUGGAAGAGGCUGA